CACGCCGCCCGCUCUGCUCUGAGGUUUCCCAUCCUCGUCUGCCAUUCCAUUCCUUUGGAGUGUGUUGAGAGAGAGCAUUUGUCGUCGAGGCCUCCGAGGCUUGCGACGCGGUUUGGAGCCAGCGAGUUUGUUAUUAUUAUUAUUAUUAUUAUUGUUUUUUUGUUUAAUAUUUUAAUCCUGCUCUUGGAGGCAUUUCUGGCAUUUAUCUGGCUGUGUCUCUGAGCCUGUUCUGGAUUAGUUGUGGGAGUGGUUUAUUGAACCCGUUUUCGAACGGUGUGGAGGUCGCAGGGAGCAGGAGAUCGAUGUGAGAGAGGGCGAGUCCCAGACGGUUGUGGCGUUGCGUGCUUCGAAAGGGUUAGUGUGACGACGACGACUCAGGUUGUAGGUGAUAGCCGCGGCGUCGGCGAGCAUGGGGACGUUGGGAGGUUGACUCACGGGUUGAGGUUAAGGGGUGAGGUUUUCUAGAUAAAGCCUGGUAAACGUGAGCCAGAGGAAGCAAGCAUCGGAGAGUGUUGGGAGGAGGAGGAGCGGAGUAGGGCGCUGGUUCGAGUGUAUCGUGCGUUUGGUUUGUGCGGAGAUAGCUGUGGUUGUCCAUUUCAUAGCGAAGUAGUGUGGAAGCAAAUGGUUAGCGUGGGCUGUUGAGAAGUUAGGGUCAAGAGCUGGGAGCGGGAGCUCAGGGCACAGGGCGCAGGAACCUAGAACAUCUUCGUCGCAAGUUGUUCAGCCAUCGGUCGUCGCAAAGACCGGAGCGGAGGAACGCUAUUUUUAACCCCUACAAUAUUUCUUGGUCUCAUCAGUCGCGGUUUGAUACUCUAAUGUAAGAAGGCGGACAGGAGCUUCCGUUUACGAGGUGGUGAUAGACUUAUCCUGCGUGAGUUUACUUCCUCGAGUGUCUAACUUGAGAUUUUACCGUUGCAAACUCAAGUAUAUAGUUUGUUUGAAGGUUCGGCAAUUCGGUGAUCCAGCGGAAGGAGCGGGGGAAUCAGGGUAGCGGGCAUCCGCUGUGAAAUAUAAAGGGGGAAGAGCUUCGUGGAAGAUAAAAGUUUUUUCUCGGUUCUAGUUUCUUCUGGAAAAGGAAGGGGACAAGGAAAUAAAUGAAGGCAGUACUUUAAAAGUGGGUACAAAUCAUCGAGGAGCAAGGUAGCCGAUAAGCAGGGAACAAUGUCGUCCUUAAGUAGGGAACUCGUGUUCCUGAUCUUGCAGUUCCUUGAUGAGGAAAAGUUCAAGGAAACAGUGCAUAAUUCAAAUCCGAACGGUUCUGGUGGAUGUCAACGCAAUAAAAUCGAAACGUUUAUUAUUGUGCCUCUGUUUACGGCAAUCAUCAGUCAAAUUCUUCAGUGUUUCCCCUAGGUUGGAACAAGAGUCCGGAUUCUUUUUCAAUAUGAAGUACUUCGAGGACCAAGUCCAAAGUGGUGAAUGGGAGGAGGUGGAACGAUAUUUAUCUGGGUUUACUAAAGUCGACGACAACCGCUAUUCCAUGAAAAUCUUCUUUGAGAUUCGCAAGCAGAAGUAUUUGGAAGCUCUGGAUAAGCAAGACCGGGCUAAGGCUGUGGACAUACUUGUCAAGGAUCUGAAGGUUUUCUCAUCUUUCAAUGAGGAACUCUACAAGGAGAUUACUCAGCUUCUAACUCUAGAAAACUUUAGAGAAAAUGAGCAGCUGUCAAAGUACGGAGAUACGAAAUCCGCCAGAAACAUUAUGCUUCUAGAACUCAAGAAGCUUAUAGAAGCUAAUCCACUCUUCCGAGACAAAUUGGCUUUUCCGUCAUUGAAAGCAUCCCGCCUGCGCACCCUUAUUAACCAGAGUCUCAACUGGCAGCACCAGCUUUGCAAGAACCCAAGGCCGAAUCCUGACAUCAAGACACUGUUUAUUGAUCACACUUGUGGACCUCCUAAUGGUGCCCGUGCCCCACCGCCUACCAACAACCCCUUGGUGGGUGGGCUUCCGAAGCAGGGUGCCUUUCCUCCUCUUACUACUCACAGCCCAUUUCAACCAGCACCACCCUCUGCAAGUGCUUUAGCUGGAUGGAUGGCUAACCCAAACCCACCAGCUCCACAUGCCCCAGUCGCGAAUGGGCCAGCUGCCCUGACCGCUCCCCCUAAUUCAGCCACGUUGUUGAAGCGGCCCCGCACUCCUCCAAGCACUACACCAACCGUGGAUUAUCAGUCAGCUGACUCGGAGCAUCUAAUGAAGAGAGCCAGGCCAGGCAUCCAAUCAGUUGAUGAGGCCAAGACAGUGAAUUGUGUUGGUCCCAGUCAUCCUCAGAACAAUGUUUCACCUGAUGACUUGCCAAAGAAUGUAGCUCGGUCUCUCAAUCAAGGCUCAUGUGUUAUGAGUAUGGAUUUCCAUCCAAUCCAGCUAAGCAUUCUUCUUGUGGGUACAAACGUUGGCGAUAUCGGAAUUUGGGAAGUGGGAUCGCGAGACAGGCUUGCUCAGCGAACAUUCAAAGUCUGGGACAUUACUGCUGCUUCUAUGCCCAUGCAGGCUGCAUUGGUCAAAGAUCCAGCCGUGUCAGUCAACAGAACAGUGUGGAAUCCUGAUGGCACAUUAUUGGGUGUGGCGUUUUCUAAACACAUCGUGCACAUCUAUGCUUAUAACGGUGGCAGUGAUUUGCGGCAGCAUUUGGAGAUUGACGCACAUGUUGGCGGUGUUAACGAUCUUGCCUUUUCUCAUCCUAACAAACAACUAUGCGUUAUCACAUGCGGAGAUGACAAAACUAUCAAGGUUUGGGAUGCUGCAACAGGGCGGAAGCAGUAUACUUUUGAAGGUCAUGAAGCACCCGUGUACUCUGUUUGUCCACACCACAAGGAGAGCAUUCAGUUUAUAUUCUCAACAGCUAUCGAUGGCAAGAUAAAAGCCUGGCUCUAUGAUCUUCUUGGUUCUAGAGUUGACUAUGAUGCACCAGGGCAUUGGUGCACUACAAUGGCUUACAGUGCUGAUGGCACUAGGCUCUUCUCUUGCGGAACAAGUAAAGAUGGAGAGUCUUAUCUGGUGGAAUGGAAUGAGAGUGAGGGUGCAAUCAAGCGGACAUACUCAGGUUUCCGGAAGCGGUCCUCCGGAGUUGUGCAGUUCGAUACUACCCGCAAUCGUUUCUUGGCUGCUGGUGACGAAUUCUUGAUCAAGUUCUGGGACAUGGAUAACACGAACUUGCUAACAACAAUUGAUGCUGAAGGCGGCUUGCCGGCUAGUCCACGCCUCAGAUUUAAUAAAGAAGGCUCUUUGCUCGCCGUUACCUCCUCAGAUAAUGGUAUUAAGAUUUUGGCUAAUCGCGACGGGAUGCAGAUGCUUCGUGCGCUGGAAGCUCGUGCUUAUGAUACUAACCGAGCACCUCCAGAGCCUGCUGUUUCUAAGCCCCCAGUCGGAAAUACACUUGGGGUUGUGAGCACUCCAGGUGGUGGCGGUGGGGAUCGACCCAACUCUUCGUCAAUGGCUGGGUCCGUUAUGGAUGGUCCAACCCUGAACAUGGGGGGAUCAAGGGUCCGACCACGAGACAGGGUCGGCAAUGACCAUUCUGGUAUGGAAGGAGGCCGCACACCUGAGACGAAACCAAGAAUACCUGACGACAUCCCAGAUCGAAGCAAGAGUUGGAAGCUGACUGAAAUUACUGAACAGAAUCAAUGCCGGACAAUUAGAUUACCAGAUAGUCUGCCACCAAACAAGGUUGCAAGACUUAUCUACACCAAUGCAGGAGUUGCUUUGUUGGCACUGGCAUCAAAUGCUGUGCACAAACUUUGGAAGUGGCAACGAAACGAGCGCAACGUAUCUGGCAAGGCUACUGCUAGUGUUACACCACAGUUGUGGCAACCUGCCAGCGGUAUUUUGAUGACCAAUGACAUCAGCGAAACCAACCCUGAAGAUGCCGUGCCUUGCAUAGCGCUCUCUAAAAACGACUCUUAUGUGAUGUCUGCGUCCGGAGGGAAAGUUUCUUUGUUCAACAUGAUGACAUUCAAGGUCAUGACGACAUUCAUGCCACCACCUCCAGCAGCUACUUUUCUUGCAUUUCAUCCACAAGACAACAAUAUCAUUGCUAUCGGAAUGGAAGAUUCGACAAUUCAGAUUUAUAAUGUUCGUGUGGAUGAGGUGAAAAGCAAGUUGAAGGGUCAUCAAAAGAGAAUUACUGGCUUAGCUUUCUCUAACACUCUCAAUGUUCUUGUAUCAUCCGGAGCGGAUGCUCAGUUGUGUAUGUGGGGAACUGAUGGCUGGGAGAAAAAGAAGUCGAAGUUUGUGCAAGUUCAGCCCGGAGGGAGAUCACCAUCUAUUGGGGAUACUCGUGUUCAGUUUCAUAACGACCAAGUUCGCCUUCUUGUUGUUCAUGAGUCACAGUUGGCCGUGUAUGAUGCUUCCAAGCUGGAUCGCCUUCGUCAGUGGGUUCCUCAAAACCCCUUCCCAGCAGCUAUUUCGAAUGCUACCUACUCCUGUGACAGCCAGCUUAUUUAUGCGGGCUUUGUUGAUGGUUCUGUUGGGGUCUUCGAUGCCGAAAGUCUACGACCACGAUGCCGACUUGCCCCAACUGUGCACGUACCUUCGGGAGUAAGCGGAUCGACGGUUUACCCCCUAGUGAUUGCCGCGCACCCUGCGGAGCCAAACCAGUUUGCAUUGGGCUUGAGUGAUGGAGGCGUUCAAGUAAUAGAGCCACUAGAAUCUGAGGGGAAAUGGGGUACAGGCCCCCCAGCAGAUAAUGGAACAGCUAGUGGUGUACCGUCUGGCCCUGCUUCUGGCAACCAAGGAUCGGACCAAACUCCAAGAUGAUGUACAGUUGUGACUACAUAGAUGGUGUUUUAGCAGUUGUAGCUGCGCAGCUUGCCAAUUGGAGGACUGUACCUCUUUCUCAACAUAUGCAUGCAAGGCCCUGUGAUUUCUCCUGUUUGCAAGACAGUGGAGAUGGGUCUAUUCUUCAGUUCCAGAGACUGAUUCAUGGCCUGUGGCCUGUGACCCGGGGUUUGAAUUCAUAUUUGUGAGCUCGUUGUAGAAAAAAUGAACCGGAGGGAAAGGCCGUGUAGCCUAGGGUCUACUAUGCGUUUGGUGAGUACUUGGAGUCGUUGGUAUGAAAGUUGACCUAAUAUUGGGUUAGGGGGAGGUAAGGUGUUCUUUGUACAGAAAAAAUGUUUGUUUUCAUUAUUCACUUUGGAUAAGUUUUCUCCUUUAAAUUCGGUGGUGGAGUUCAUUUUAUCAUCGGCACUCCAGCAUGUUGUUCCUA